AUGGCGGCCGACAACCUUUUCGUGUCGCACCUCGUGGAUUCUGCAGACUGGGUCGCCGACCACGAGCGCAACUUGUGCUAUGUCUGUACCAGACCAUUCGGCACCUUCCGUCGCAAACACCACUGUCGUAUGUGCGGAGAGGUCGUAUGCAAGAACUGCACGCUUUAUAAGGACGCUCAUGUGGAUCCGACGAUCGGCACCGCACGCGUUCGCGUGUGCAUCGUGACGUCGGAGGCGUCUCGCGUGUGGCUGCAGAACCAUUUACACUCUCCUGCAUUCGGUCCAUCGUCCGAGCCAGACAGUGAAGAAAUGCUUCGCUCACUUACUCCCAAGGCACGCCAACAUUUGGAGCUAAAGGAAGGCCACUUCAGCGCGGAAGGUGAGUCUAGAAGCACUAAAAAGAGCAACCUUCAGACAGAACAGCAGAGUAGCGAAUCUUCGUCCGAGUGGGCCCACCCGUGGCCUUGUCCACCUCUAAGUGCUGACGAAGGAGACCGACUCCGCGCCUUGUACGCACUGAAAAUAUUAGACUCGGAAUCGGAAAAGCCGUUCGAUAUGGUCUGCGAUCUCGCGAAGGCGCGUUUGUCGUGUACCAUGGCUGCAGUAAGCUUUCUAGAUGAGCACCGUCAAUGGUUCAAGGCCAGUGUGGGGCUGGCGCACAAGAUGAUCCCACGCAAGAUCGCAUUCUGCGCUUAUACAGUGUAUGCACGCGAACCGAUGGUCAUAUUGGAUACACUUCAGGACGAUCGAUUUCGGAAAAACCCUCUCGUCGCGGGAGCUGCCGGCGUUCGAUUUUACGCGGCUGCCCCGAUUAUUGACCCGAACUCUGGCCACGCUGUCGGCAGCGUCUUCGUCCUCGACACACGUCCGCGAGAAUCGUGUGAUAUUUCCAUUUUGGAGCGACUGGCUUUGGCAGCAGGUGAGAACCUUACGGAGAUUGUAGCUUCAACUGAGGGCGUCAACCAGUUAAAGCCCGAAGACAUUACUCAUCGUCAAUGUCAUCACACAUCAAUGGCAAUGACACAGCUUUCCAUGGGGACAACAGCGGCGGGCGAGCAGAUGGAGGUACUCCUCAUGCGACUGCUGACUCAAAACACCGAAACGCAGCAGCAACUGGCGGUGCAGCAGAUUUCACUGUCUACCAAGCUAGGACAGCACACGGAUCAAAUCAAUAAGCUCAUGACUGACUUUGCACGAAUGGAGGCAAGGGUCGAGGCAAAGGUCGGAAGUGGCGGAUCAAAGUGA